CAAGACAGCCAAAUCUAGGUUCAUUUUAUUUUGAAGGUUAUUAGUGAUGUGCAACUUUUGAAAAUUGUUGUAUGAAGAAACUGUGGAGCAGAAAUUGGAUUAAAGAUACUCAUUGUAGGUUCAGCCGAUAAGUGUGCUAACACUUUAGGAUGGCACAGCUGUGCUGCAAGAAGGAUGGUGAUUGGGGAGCUUAUCAAUUAGGCAGUCUCAUUUAUGUCCUUUUAGUGUCACUUGAAAUGCAAAUUGAAUUGACACUUCGUAGGCGUGGCUUGAAGAUGAGUAAUUUCUGAAUGGAAACCUGAAAUGGCGAAAGGCCAGUCUUGGGUUGCAGAGUCCUUAGUUGAAAAGGAUGUGUAGUGACACUUAUGGGCUUUUCUGUAGUCCUACAGUUGCAUUAACACUGGAUUUGGGCAUUUGGCAGUCUUGGGAUUCCAGGUGUUCAGUCAUUUUGUUUUUGGUUUCCCUACUAACUGGGAGGAAUAUGCUGAGAAUUGUUUGGAGAAAGAACGUAGCAAUAAGAAUGUUUCGAUAACCUUGGGUCGUGACAAGUUAUCCACAGAUUCAGGAAGUAACAUAUGAACCCUGACCAAUUGUUCACUAGAGAUUGGUUGUCAGAGAAAAUUAACCUGAAGUUCUACCAUAUCGUUUUUAUCCGGUUUAUUUUGCUGAAACUUUUGGUUCUGUUGCAGCUGCUGAUGAUAUUAGUGACGGAACUCCAAACAGAAACAAAGCAGCUGUUAGUGAAGAAAGGCACGGUACCAGUGACAACAUGGAUGUGAACUCAGAAGAAAAGGGACAUCGUAAACCCCAAGAUGAUAUCAGUGACCGAACUCCGAACACAAACAAAGCAGCUUUUAGUGAAGAGAGGCAUGGUACCAGUGACAAAAUGGAUGUGAGCUCAGAAGAAGAGGGACACUAAAGACCCCAAGAUGGUGCUUGUAGCGACUCUUCACUUGAAGGACUUAGUCUGUCUGCAGGAAGAAGGCGCAACCAUUCAUCAAGUAAAAUGAAGAGUAAGCUGAAGGGUGACCCAAAAUCUGUCAAGCCGGUAGAAUAUGAAGAAAAUAGGUUGGCUUGUGGUUCAUCAGGCGAAAAUAAUAUGAGAAAUGCUGCGAUAAGUGGAAAGAGAACAUCAGGGCGUAGAAGCACUUCCAUUCCAUCUGCAGUUGGACAACAGCCUACAGAUUGUGAAACUGUGGAUGGAAACAUUGCCUGUCAAGCUGGUAAGCAGAGCAAGAACACAAGCAAGACACUGAGGUCCUGUGUUGGACUUAGUGAUGCGAACCAGAAAGCAGCUGUUAGUGAAGAAAGGUACUGUACCAGUGACAACAUGGAUGUGAACUCAGAAGAAAAGGGACACCAUAAACCUCAAGAUGAUAUCAGUGACGGAACUCCAAACACAAACAAAGCAGCUUUUAGUGAAGAAAGGCACAGUACCAGUGACAAAAUGGAUGUGAGCUCAGAAGAAAAGGGACACUAUAUACCCCAAGAUGGUGCUUGUAACGACUCUUCAAUUGAAGGACUUAGUCUGUCUGCAGGAAGAACGCGCGACCAUUCGUCAAGUAAAAUGAAGAGUAAGCUGAAGGGUGACCCAAAAUCUGUCAAGCCGGUAGAAUAUGAAGAAAAUAAGUUGGCUUGUGGUUCAUUGGGCGAAAAUAAUAUGAGAAAUGCUGCGAUAAGUGGAAAGAGAACAUCAGGGCGUAGAAGCACUUCCAUUCCAUCUGCUGUUGGACUUCAGCCUACAGAUUGUGAAACUGUAAGCAAUUACAUGUUGUGUGACAGCGGUUUUCACCACAACUUCACGUUUGUUUAG